CUUUGCUGUACAGAACUAUUUAAUAUAAAGAUGCUGUGACACGAUUGCCUGUCCUUUCUCGACAGUGGUGUUCAGCUAUGCGGAGAAACAAUGAGACAAUCACCACAGACUUCACUCUCCUCGGACUCUGGCCUGAGUCCCACCACCUCCUUAUACUCAUCUGCCUCAUUCUUCUGGUUUACUUUCUGGCAGUGCUGGGCAACGCUGUUCUUAUCCUCCUCAUCUGGCUGGAUUCACGCCUCCACACCCCCAUGUAUUUCCUGCUCAGCCAGCUGUCCUUCAUGGACUUCACUUUGAUCUCAACUACUGUCCCCAAAAUGGCCACUAACUUCUUCUCAGGCAGGAGAACCAUAUCACAUGUUGGCUGUGGAACCCAAAUCUUUAUUAGUCUAACUCUGGGAAUUGCUGAGUGUCUCCUGCUGACUUUCAUGUCCUAUGACCGCUACAUCGCAGUGUGUAACCCCCUGAGGUACUCAGGCAUCAUGAGCCCCUCUGUCUGCACACAGAUGGUCAUAGUGUCCUGGGCAGGAGGAGCAGUCACCUCCCUGGCUCAUACGGCGUAUGCCAUGCACUUCUCCAUCUGCCGCCCCAGAGUGAUCCCACACUUCCUGUGUGAGGUUAUGGCUCUGUUAAAGCUCACAUGUGAGGACAUCUCUGCAUAUGUGAGGUCAGUGGUAGUGUCCAGCUUUCUGGUGGUUCUCAUUCCCCUGAGUCUCAUUCUGGCCUCCUACACACUCAUCUUCUUUGCUGUCCUCCGCACAUGCUCUGUUGAGGGCAGGAGCAAGGCUCUGGCCACGUGCUCCUCGCACCUUUGUGUGGUUGCCCUCUACUUUGGCCCCGCCAUCUUGGUUUACAUGAGGCCUGGAUCCUCAAAGACUCCUACAUUAAACCAGUCUCUCUUUAUGUUUAAUGCCAUCCUUACCCCUAUGCUCAAUCCUCUCAUUUACAGCCUCAGAAACAAGGAGGUCACCGCAGCUUUAAAGAAUACAGUCACCAGCAGAUGCCCCCACAAAACAUGA